AAAAUCCGUACAGCUAGCACGCUCCAAUGCAGCGUCGUCUGCUGCAGGCUUACGAAAGCAACGCUCGCGCCACCUCUCCGAAGCAGCGCAAAGUAAUCCGCGUACGGAGUAUGCUAUUGCCACCAGGUGGCUAUACGGCCAAUGUCGUCUAUUUCGACGGGGAGGUGUGCGACGUAUUUUCGCUUGCUUUCAGAAUUAUUGCACGUUUGCCUGAUCCGUCGCGCCCUGCGAAUGUCGGCAGUGAAAUUCGUCUACGUGGGUUUUGGGAGCUGACGGUUCUGACGCGAUUGCGGCCUUCGCUGGGCCGAUGACCCGUGCCGACAUGUGAUGUUUGGGUAGUCGAGGCGAUAUGUACUAAUGCCGAUAAGCAAGCACCAAACUCUAUGGUGUUCCUGUAUAUGGAUUCCGCUGCUUGAUCGUUCGGUGAGCGCAUGCUUUCGCCAUUCUACUAGACGUCGUACAGCGCUCUCGUCCGACCACUUUCCGAAUAGGCGGUGCUGGGUAAUUAGCAGCUGCAAGUUUUCCUCGGCAAACGAAGUGCUGGUCGUCGGAGAACGGAAUGUCCGACGCUCGGUGGUCCCGAGUGGCGGUUGCCGAUGCCGCCGUCGAGUUGGUUAUGUCGCGGCGCGGCAAGCCGAAGGCUAAGUACGCCGGCCGCACGUUUACGCUGGACACACGCAAUGGUCAGCGCUACCGUUGGCGUUGCGACGUGCGUCAGUGCAGGUCGCGGCUCACGACCGACUUGUACGAGAACCACCACAUGGUCUACCGAUUCCGGGAGCACGACGAAGACCAGCACCGGCGCGUGGUCAGCGAGAGAAAGAGGCGUGACGCCACAUACAGGCAGCAGGUAAGUCGGCGCGCGAAGAAGAUCGGCGACUUCCGGUACGUGCUGGAGAACCGCAUCGGAGGCCUGCGCUUCUGGCGCUGCGAGCACGUGAGCUGCCCCGGACGAUGCCGCACCCACGACGGCCACCUGGUCGCUGGGCCGUCGCAGCACACGCAUGGGCCGCACGCCGCGGCGGACGAACCGGACACGGCGCACGACGGCGAAGACUCAUCCUCCUUCAAGGAGUUCCAGCUAGACACCUGCGAACAGGCUCCACCAGGCGUCGGCGAGGCUAUCACUCCGGACACGGAUCCCAAACACCGGGAGGUUUCAUUGCAGCAGCACCAGCAGGAGCGCUGUAGUCAAAUUUCGACUGGGAGCGUGGACAGUCCCGUGGUCAUCAAGUCGGAACCAUGCUCGCCGCUCACUCCCGAAGCUGCGACAACUUCCGACGUCGGCUUCAGUGCCGUCGAUGAAACGGCACCGACGCAUGGACCUGACGUCAUCACGGACGCGACGACGACGGCUGGUGACGAUGGCCCGCUGUUUCGAGUAAGCAGCCCUUUCAGCUGUCCCGAUCAGCGAAGGUCAUUGCAGACGGCGUACGAUGAGACAUCUACUGCCGCCGCUGCCGCCGCCGCUCCUGAAGCUUUAAAUUACGUUGACUCUUCGGACUACGAAGGCAAUGACGAGGAAGAGCAGUGGCCUCGGAGAUCGGUUGGUGCCGCUGUCAUCUCGGAGGUCAUGGGCGAGCGCUCGCACUUGACUGCCGCCGCCGGUUACGCACUCGCAGCGAGCGGACGCAGUUCGGGUCUAGCGGAGGUGCUCCAGAUGACCGCGCAAAGUGGGGACAGUCGCGAGCGGGACCUGCGGCUGGACAUUCUGUUGCAGAUGCGUCGCCUGCUCGAGGCCGAGACGGACCUGGUGAACGAGAGGCGGCGCAACGAAGUUUUGCGCGGGAAGCUGCUGCGUCGCCAACUGCUGGGUAUCGAGACGGAGGGCGAACCAGCUCCUCCGUACAUUUGAGGUCCACCGCGGUGUGGUUCCACGUUUUGGUGACUGUGUGACCUGCUCUGCGGACUGAAGAUCUCGGGAAAGUGCUUGAGUGACAUACCGCCGUUGGGGAACGGCCACAUGGGUUGAGUGACUAGAGAUUCUGCUGCUGAGCCAAACGGUGUGCGAAUAUCCUGCGCGCAUGUUCUGGCAUCUGUGUUUCGUAGGCACGGAAACGCAAUGCACUACAUGCCACCAAAACAACUCGGUCACUGCGUGUGUGUGCCUCCGCGAAUGAUCUCGUUAAAGUGAACACAUGUGAAAGAUUAUGUAAAUAAUUAGGAGGUUAAAUUUUGAAUAAAACACCCGUGUACUUAGA